AUGUUCAACUACUUUGCCACCGUCGCUGUCUUUGUCCUGAGUGCUGUUUCGACCGUCACUGCCCACGAUGCCACUGCUGCAAAUGGAAACACUGUCCAGAAGCCGCAUAACUUUGCCAGGAGCAACAUCGAGCAUGGCCAUGGUGAUCACCACAUAGCCAAGCGCUGCGGUGGCUGGGGUGUAGGCGGCGGCUGUGGCGGCUGGGGUGGUUUCCCCUUUGCGGCCAACACUGUCAACGCAUUUGACCGCAACGCAUAUGCUGCCAACUGCUGCGACAACACUGUCUUUACCAACAACAAAAACGCAAAUGUAGUCUGCGACAACGUGAAUGUUCUCAAUGCGGCCAACGUUAUCGCUUGA